AUGAUAAUAUGGGCCCUUUGGAAGAACAGGAACAAUGUGCUCUGGGCAGGAACCAGGCAGACAGCUCAAGAUGUCAUAUUAAGCAUUUUUGCAUGGUGUGAUGAGUAUCAGAGAGCUCGAGGUACUGUGAAGCAGCCUCACAAACAACCAAGAACAAGAUGGAAGCCUGCUGAAGAUGGGGCCUUCAAACUGAAUGUGGAUGCAGCCUUCUUACCUCAACAAACCACAGGUGGAAUAGGGGGAGUGUUAAGGGAUGUCUCAGGAAAUUUUGUUGCAGCUUUUGCAAGACCAGUUCAGCAUGCUGCAUCUCCUAAGCAAUGUGAACUUUUAGCCAUUAGAGCAGGAGUAGAUUUUCUGGUUUCCCUUCAGCAGGCUGUCAUCGAGAGUGAUAGUACAGUGGCUAUUGCUGAAGCUCUCAGCCCAGAUCACAGCAUGUUAGCUAAUGGAGGUUUAAUAGAUGAUAUACAAUGUGCCAUGCAAUGCAUCCCCAGCAUUCGCAUUUGCUAUCAACCCCGAUCUAGUAAUUUGGUAGCACAUAGAUUGGCGGGAAUAGGUUUUGAGGCAAACCACAACUCUGUAUGGUUGGGACUAGUCCCUCAAUGUAUUCGUGAUGUUCUCAGUCACGAUCUCCAAUACCUCACUUGA